AGUGCACCGCGCCGGCCGCCGUGCGUCCGCAACUGCAAGUUACUGUGAGACUCGCGGAGCUGCUUCACGCCACGGCAUCGCUGUGUUUACAGUUUUGUUGUUGUUGUUGAGGCUUUUGGGCUGGGCUCCUCCAGUAUGUACCACAACAGCAGCCAAAAGCGGCACUGGACUUUCGCCAACGAGGAGCAGCUGGCGCGACUGCGGUCUGACGCCAAUCGCAAAUUCAAAUGCAAAGCGGUGGCAAAUGGGAAGGUUCUUCCAAAUGAUCCAGUCUUUCUUGAGCCUCAAGAAGAAUUGACUCUGUGUAAAUACUAUGAGAAGAGAUUAUUGGAAUUCUGCUCAGUGUUUAAGCCCGCAAUGCCGAGGUCUGUUGUGGGUACAGCUUGUAUGUACUUCAAACGUUUUUAUCUUAAUAAUUCUGUAAUGGAAUAUCACCCCCGGAUAAUAAUGCUUACUUGUGCAUUUCUGGCCUGCAAAGUAGAUGAAUUUAAUGUGUCCAGUCCUCAAUUUGUCGGAAACCUUCGAGAGAGUCCCCUGGGACAGGAGAAGGCGCUGGAACAGAUUUUGGAAUACGAGCUACUCCUUAUACAGCAACUUAAUUUUCACCUUAUUGUCCAUAAUCCUUAUAGACCAUUUGAGGGCUUCCUCAUUGAUAUAAAGACCCGCUAUCCCAUGCUGGAGAACCCAGAGGUUUUGAGGAAAACAGCAGAUGACUUUCUUAAUCGAAUUGCAUUGACAGAUGCUUAUCUCCUAUACACACCUUCCCAGAUUGCCCUCACUGCCAUUUUAUCUAGUGCCUCCAGGGCUGGAAUCACUAUGGAAAGUUAUUUAUCCGAGAGUCUAAUGCUGCGAGAAAAUAGAACUUGCUUGUCACAGUUACUAGACAUAAUGAAAAGCAUGAGAAACCUAGUAAAAAAGUAUGAGCCACCAAGACCUGAAGAAGUUGCUGCUCUGAAACAGAAGCUAGAGCGAUGUCACUCUGCCGAGCUUGCACUUAAUGUUGUCACAAAGAAGAGGAAGGGCUAUGAAGAUGAUGACUAUGUAUCAAAGAAAUCCAAACAUGAAGAGGAAGAAUGGACUGAUGACGACCUGGUAGACUCUCUGAAUGUUUGAAGUUGCUAUGUCAGUUCUGACCAGCGGAAAAUGUUACCUGGCAUUUCAUGUUAACACAAAUCAUUAAAUUUUUCUAUUAUUCCA